AUGCAGCAGCCGCUCAUAGAGUCUGGCGACCGCAGCAGCAGCAGCAGCAGCAGCAGCUGGUGCGGCAGCAGCAGCAGCAGCGGGUGCUACGGCAGCAGCAAGGGGAGAGUGGUGUACGCGUCGAUGUUCAUGGUAGUGUGUUUGCUGCUGUCGCUGCUGCUGCUGCAGCUUUCGUGGGGAGACAUGGGGGUGUCUGCUGCAGCAGUGUCUGCUGCUGCAGCAGCAGCAGCAGCAGCAAUCCCGCUUUCGCCGCUGCCGGCCUCGCUGCUGCAGCGGGAAGCUGCUGCUGCACUCCGCGGAGAAGCAGAGGGCCGCAUGCAAGGCCUCAGGGGUUUUAUUCUUUUGGAAAUUCCCAAUAGUGGUUUGCUGCUGCUGCUGCAGAACAGGAAGAAGCCCAAACAAGCUGUACAUACACCCCAGGGCGAGCUUCAGGGUUACCUGCAGCUGCCCGGCGGCCACGCCGACUGGACGGACUUUCCUGCUGCUUUCGCCAGACACAAGCAGCAGCAGCAGCAGCAGGUUUUGCUGCAGCAGCAGCAGCAGCAGGUUGCGCUGCAGCAGCUGCAGCAGGGGGAGCAGCAGCAGCAGCAGGAGCCCCGCUUCGUCACCUUUUGCGGGCACAAGCUGGACCUGCAUAGGGCCCGUGCUGCUGCUGCUGCAGCAAUUGAGGAGCGCGUGAAGCAGCAGCAGGAGCAGCAGCCGCAGCUGCAGCGGGAGGAGCUGCUGCAGCAGCAGCUGCUGCUGCAGGAGUGGGCUCGUGUUGCUGCUGCUCGAGAGCUGCACGAAGAAACGGGCAUAGACCUGCGGCAGCAGCCGGAGCUGCUGCUGCCUCUGGCUCCAAUAUACGGGAAAAAUGCUGCUUCUUUCUUUUUCCUGCUGCAGCUGCCUGCUGCUGCUGCUGCUGCUGCUGCUGCUGCAGCAAGCCAGGCCUCUGCUGCAGGGGGCCCCUACGCAACCCAGGGGCCCCUCAAGGGGGCCCCCCAGGUGCUGCUGCGCAUUGACAAAAGAGAACAUGUGGGGUUUGUCUUGGAAGCAAAUUUGGAAGCAGCAGCAGCAGAAGUGAAGUACCACUCCAAGGGGCGCGGCAGCAGGGCCAUUGCCCAGCUGCUGAGUCUGAUGGAAAAUUAA